CGGGACCCCCCCCACACCCCCCACGUAGACAGCGAGUGUGUGCAGUAGCGCGACAGGGGCGAUUGUUUGGUUUAUUUGGUUCGUUGGUGGUUGUGUUCCUCUGUUAUUCAGACGGGUUACGCGCUCAACGGUAGAUUUCAGGAGUCAUCACUCAUUUGUUCCGUUCUCUAUCCUUAGACUACUUGAACGCGCGUGACUCGAUGAAAGCCGAACACCAAAGGACGCUCGCGUUUAUGUUUGGUCGUACGUCCAAGUGGAGCUGGCGGAUUUUCCGCCCGGCGCGUCACUUCCGCUUCCGGAGAGCGCUAGCUAACGGCCCAAGUCGGCGCGAUUCGAAACGCGCGACGAUUGCCUUUCGGUCGCCUCGUUUCUGAUUGGUUCGGUGCAACUUCUGUCGCAGCUGAUCACGACGUCGCCUCGACGGGACGCCCUUUCAAGCUUCUGCCGCUCGCUUAGUUUGUCGGCCGCGCACAAAGAGAGGAGGAGCCGGGUAGCAGCACGCGCCGAGGCACCCCGUCGGUGGGGCGAGGGCGAUGUGAAAACAUCGCGGUCGUCGCGGGCGAAAAGUACGCUCGCUUAGCGCCAGCGGGAAGAAAAGAACACGACCGCGAGCUCACAUGGACUCUCACGCAGCAGACGUCGGUGAAGAAGACGACCGGCGGGAGUGCAGCUCCGGAUCGGAGGAGGAGCGGCCCGGCGUUAAAGUGGAAGAGGAGGAAGUGGACAUUGGUCAGGAGGCGGCCGACUUGCCGGUGAUUCGCGUGGUUGUGAAGGAGGAACACGACGACGGCGGCGGCGACCGCGCUCACCGGUGCCGAGGUGAGGAGAAGGUCCCGGCGGAGCCGAGGCGAGCCGACCCGCCGCGGCGGGACACAUCAAGGUGGCGAGGCAAAAGCGGCUUUGCGGGCGCGGCCACGUUGCAAAGUCACGCGGGGCAGAAAAGCUUCGGGUGUCCGUUUUGCGGCAAAGCCUUCCCCAGGAAGAGCAACUUGAAGCUCCACGUGAGGACGCACACGGGAGAGAAGCCGUUCCCCUGCCCGCUGUGCGGCAAAAGAUUCUCCGAAAAGGGCAACCUGAUGAAACACGCCAGCACGCACACGGGAGAGAAACCCUUCACGUGCUCGGUUUGCGGCGAAAGCUUCUCCCGCAAAGGCAACUUGGCCACGCACGCGCACACCCACACCGGCGAGAAAACCUUCUCCUGCGCCGCCUGCGAGACCAGCUUCAGCCUGCGUUCGGCGCUUUUGAGACACAUGCGGACGCACACGGGCGAAAAGCCCUUCCCCUGCUCCGUCUGCGCGCAAAAAUUCUCCCAGAAGGGACAUCUGAUGAGACACAUGAGGACGCACAGCGGAGAGAAACCCUUCCCCUGCUCCAUCUGCGGCAAGCGAUUCUCCCAAAAGGGCAGCUUGGCCACGCACAGGAGCACGCAUGCCGUGGAGAAACCCUUCUCCUGCUCCGUUUGCGGGCGCACCUUCUCCCAGAAGGGCAACUUGGCGAAGCACGCCAGGAAACACACGGGAGAGAAACCCUUCGCUUGUCAGCUUUGUCGGCAACGCUUCACACACAAGUACCAGCUGAACAAGCACAAAUGUGCGCCCUAGGAGAGCAGCCGCAGAUGAAGCCGUGCCACUUUUCGGCCCCCUUUGCGUCUAUGCGCGCCGUGGCGCUUUUUUCGACGGAAAAAUCACUGGGCGCUAAGUCUCUACGACCGCGGCGCAGAUUGUUUCCAAGAUCGGGCUUGAACAAGGAAUCGGAUUCAAUAACCACCACCACGACAACGCAGCGACUUUUUCAAGUUGCAAAAAGCUGCGAUUGAGCUGCUUGGUUUUAUGUCUUUGACUUUUUGUGUGUGUGUUGGGGGGGGCUUAAUAUGCAGUUGGCGGAGUCCUUAAGAAGUGUGCAGAUCCUGCUCGGUGUGAGAGUCGAAGGGAUCGAGCCGCAGAUUUGUUGGCGUUUUCGUUGCCGUCACACUUUAGUUGAAGUGAACGCUUCAAAAUAUUGCAGGUCAAAUUCUUCGGUUGGCGACUCUAAUGGGCGUCGCACAAGGGUGAGUUCCUGGCUCACGUGCCUGUUUUUGAGCAUCUGCCCAAUGCGCAGCAUCUUGGUGCUGUUGCUGAAAGAGGACCUUGGAAAAGUCUGACGUGGCAAUCGCCACUAGGGGGCGGGCAGGAUGGCUCAAUUGAAACGAGCUGAAAGGCAAACUCGGAGUCAAAGCAAAGUCGGGGCUCCAACGGUGUCCGUGGGCCAUUGAGCUUGAAGGAGGACAUGGCCCUGGAAAUCCCGCCCAGCUCAGCCUCCAAAGGGGAAAGCUUUGCCCACAAAACUCGCGCUUCGUCCAGAAAGUGGACGGCGGGCAGUUGAGCGCAAUCGCCUCGCUCGUCAAGUCCAAAAUGCAAUUGCGCCUUGUUGUCGCUGAGCUCUUCUUGCAGGCUCGCGUACGACCUGGAACACAAAUACACUGUCGCGGUAUUCCAUGUGGAACAAAACUCGUAUUGCAGUCCGCCCUAACUUCAGCUCAAUGCUCAAAUCA